GGUAAGCCAAAUUGCUUCCAAGCAAAUUCUGAGGAGUCUGGUGAUCCAUGCACACGGCCGGCAUCGUCGGGAUCGGCUGCCGCGCGGCGAUCGAUCCAGUCCAGCACCAGCGAUCCCACAACCAACAACGUAACACCGCCAUUUCGUUCCUUUAUCAUCCUCCUCGCCGCCGGCUAUAUCGUUCCUUCCUCGCCGCCGGCCAUGCCGCUGUCCGCCUGCCAGUCCUGCGCCACGCAUGACGCCAUCGUCUUCUGCCUGCUCUGCGGUGCCAGGCUUUGCCUGCCCUGCGACGCCGCCCUGCACGGGGCCACCGCCGCCGCGGGGCUCCACCCGCGCGCCCGGCUCUGCGACAGAUGUAACGUAGCGCCAGCGGCGCUCCGUUGCGACGACGCCGGCGCAGCCGUUACGCUCUGCGCCGGGUGCGCCGGCCGCGGCCCCCCGGCCGGCGCCCUCGUCACCCAGUACACCGGCUGCCCCGCGCCUAAAGACUUGGUGCGCAUCAUCUCCACCGAGGUGCCACAGCAGCAGGAUGCGUUGGAGGUCUGGCUCGCCGGUAAUCUACCAUACCAUUUGGAGGAUGGUGAGGAUGAUGCUCAACUGAUGGAAGGAUGGGAUGUGGCUGAAGAAACUGCCAAGCUUGAGAAGAUGCUGAAUGAUCUCUCCUCAUCAUCACUGGUGGCCUCGUGUCAGUUGCAAUCUUCUCUUGUACAGCCCUGGCAGAGCAAUGAUGCGAGCUUCCCUUUCUGUACCAUGCCGCUGCCAGAGAAUAUCCAACCACCACAAAAGCCGCAGCAGGAUGACAACGCUAUAGUGAAGAAACGGCAAGAGAGGGAGAGAGCCAAGCUCCGAUACACCGAGAAGAAAAGUAACAGAAGAUUCUGCAAGCAGAUCAUGUACGCUUCCCGCAAGGCCAGAGCCGACACAAGGAAGAGAGUCAAAGGCCGAUUUGCAAAGGCUUCUACUUCUCAUGAUCCCCAUAAUGAGAUCACUCUCGUCCAUGAGGAUCCAUCUAAUACAGAGAAGGGAGAGACAGGAAGUUGAUGCAGAUGACGCACACGGCUUUCAUAAAAAGAGAGACAGGAAAAGAAAGAAAAGAACACAUCAAAGCUCAACCCUCCUUAUAUAGCUGUGACUGCAACUUUCAACUUGUGAUUUUCACUGCUUAAUCUCUGCACUGAGUCAUGCUUAUUCUUCAGUGCUACGGUUUGCUCAUAAGCUACGCAGAAAGAAAAAUUGUGAACAGGCUGAGUUAGUACGAGAUGUGGCUUCAAUCCCUACCGCUGCAAAAUUACCUAGCUAGUUCCUCUUAGGUAUUGUUUUCUCGAAAAGGAGUAUUAUAUUAGAAUGGGAGGACAGCUUUUCCUUUAUUUGUUGCAGCCAUCGAGAUUUUGUUUUUCUCCAGACUGCACGUAUUUUUUUUCCUCAUCAGACUUAAUAUUAGCUUUUGCUUUUUCUUCGUUUCCC